AUGAGCAAUAUGAAUUCGAUGACAUUUUGGGUUGUACGACAUGCUGAACGUGAAGACAAUAUCAAUUUGACAUGGCAAAAUAGUUCAACGUUAAAAAGUGAUAAUUCACCAUUAUCAAAGAGAGGACAAGGACAAGCGGAUGAGCUUGCUGUUCGUUUCAAUGACAUUCAUUUGGAUCAUAUCUUUGUUUCACCUUUUGAUCGUACUCUUGAAACAGCUACACGACUUUUGCGAGGUCAUAGUAAUGCUACCAUAAAAGUUGAACCAGGAUUAUGCGAGGGAUUAUAUAUGUGCGAAGAUCCUCCCGGAUAUGAGGAUCUGAAUAUUUUGAAAGAGAAAUAUCCACUUGUUGAUACAUGUUAUCAAUCAAUAAUGCCAUGGAAGCUUCCACGAGAAGGUGAUGGCGAUGAAGCUUGUACACCACGCAUACAAAUGACUUUAGAAGGAAUCGAAAAACGUUUUCCAGGUACUGAAGUAUUACUUGUUUCCCACGGAGCUCCAAUAGGUGCAAUCCAUGAAUUAUUAGGCGGUUCGUGGAAAUACGUUGGCCAAGCAACAGUAUCAAAAUUUGUCAAAAAACAGAAAGGUGGUUAUAUUAAAGAACUUAGCGGUGAUGCAUCUCAUCUUAGCGACAAAACUAAUCUGAGACCGUGGUAG